AUGUUCCACAAUCUUCCAGACAAGCAACAGCGCAAAAGGUUCAAUUCUCUCUUUCGCAACGAGAAAACGAUGUUGUGGCAAUCGUUUUGCUCACUAAUACUCGUCUCAUUCGUUUUCGGUGAUAAUCUUGAGUGCUAUCAAGGAGAGGUGCAACCUGGGAUGACAACUUCGCAGAUUGCUCAAGCGAUCCUGUGCUCAAACUGCAACUAUUGUCUGAAAUUGGACGGAAGCCGGGGCGGGAAUAUCUAUCAAUAUCGAGGAUGUGGCUGCCUAAACCAAUAUCAAUACACCUGUUCGUCAACGACAACAAUGAAUGGGAUUUCAAAUGUGCCCGGUUUCACGGGAAGCGCCUACUGUUGCACAGGCCGAGGCUGUAACACUGCUUUCUCUUCCUCUUCCCUCAUCAGCUUGAUCCUCCUCGGUGUCGCGGCUCUUCUCCGA